CAGCACGAGGACCUGUCCGCUAAGAAGCUGCGGCUGACCAAGCCCAGCAAGUCAGCGGCGCUCCAUGUCGACCUGUGCAAAGCCACCUCACCUGCAGAUGCCUUGCAGUACCUGCUCCAGUUUGCCAGGAAGCCUGUGGAAGUGGAGAGCGUGGAAGGGGUUGUCAGGAUCCUGCUGGAGCAUUAUUACAAGGAGAACGAUGCCUCUGUAAGAUUGAAGAUCGCUUCCUUGCUGGGCUUGUUAUCCAAGACUGCAGGAUUUUCCCCUGAUUGCAUUAUGGAUGAUGCCAUUAACACGCUUCAAAAUGAGAAGUCUCACCAAGUCCUUGCUCAGCUGCUGGACACCCUGUUGGUGAUCGGCACAAAACUCACAGAGAAUCCGUCUGUCAGGAUGAGGCUGGUAGAGGUAGCCUGCAAGCAUCUGACAGAUUCUUCCCAUGGUGUAAGAAAUAAGUGUCUUCAGUUAAUUGGCUGUCUUGGACCAGUGGAAAAAGGUGUUGCAAAAGAAGUUGAAAGCCAGGCUGCCAAAGAUGUCCAGAAGAUAAUAGGAGAUCAUUUUAACGACCAGGACCCUCGUGUUAGGACAGCAGCUAUAAAAGCCAUGCUGCAGCUUCAUGAAAGAGGAUUAAAAUUACAGCAGGCUAUUUACAGUCAGGCCUGCAAGCUGUUGGCAGACGAUUAUGAGCAAGUGCGCAGUGCUGCGGUUCAGCUCAUUUGGGUCCUCAGUCAACUUUACCCUGAAAGCAUCGUCCCGAUUCCUUCUUCUAAUGAAGAAAUUCGCUUGGUUGAUGAUGCAUUUGGAAAAAUUUGUCAUAUGGUUAGCGAUGGUUCCUGGGUUGUUAGAGUACAAGCUGCUAAGCUAUUGGGUUCUAUGCAACAAGUUAGCUCCCACUUCUUAGAGCAGACCCUUGACAAGAAGCUCAUGUCAGAUCUGCGGAGGAAGCGCACUGCGCAUGAACGAGCCAAAGAACUCUACAGCUCUGGGGAGUUUUCAAGUGGCAGAAAGUGGGGAGAUGAUGCUCCCAAAGAAGAAAUUGAUACAGGUGCUGUAAACUUGAUUGAAUCGGGAGCUUGUGGGGCUUUUGUUCAUGGCCUGGAAGAUGAGAUGUAUGAGGUUCGGAUCGCUGCGGUUGAAGCCCUCUGUAUGUUGGCUCAGUCCUCGCCUUCUUUUGCGGAGAAGUGCCUGGAUUUUUUGGUUGACAUGUUCAAUGACGAAAUUGAGGAGGUGAGAUUGCAGUCAAUACACACAAUGAGAAAAAUUUCCAACAACAUCACGCUGCGGGAAGACCAGCUGGAUACUGUGUUAGCCGUCUUGGAGGAUUCUUCAAGGGACAUUCGGGAAGCGCUUCAUGAACUGUUGUGUUGCACCAAUGUCUCAACUAAAGAAGGCAUCCAUCUUGCGCUGGUGGAGCUGCUGAAAAACCUAACUAAGUAUCCCACAGACAGAGAAUCCAUAUGGAAAUGCUUGAAGUUCUUGGGAAGCAGGCAUCCCACUUUGGUGCUUCCGUUAGUCCCAGAGCUGCUGAGCACGCAUCCGUUCUUUGACACUCCAGAACCAGACAUGGAUGAGCCAGCCUACAUUGCUGUUCUGGUUCUGAUUUUUAAUGCUGCUAAAAGUUGCCCAACAAUGCCUGCCCUGUUCUCUGAUCAUACAUUCAGACAUUACGCCUAUCUUCGGGACAGUCUCUCUCAUCUGGUUCCUCCGUUAAGAUUGCCAGGUAGAAAGCUGGUGUCCUCCCCUGUCUCUCCCAGUAUUACACCACAUGAAGAUCCUUCCCAGCAGUUCUUGCAUCAGAGCCUGGAGAGAGUUUACAACCUUCAGCACCUUGACCCGCAGGGCAUACAGGAGCUGCUGGAAUUUACCAUCCGCGAUCUUCAGAGGCUUGGAGAACUGCAGUCAGAACUGGCAGGGAUGGCAGAUUUCACUGCAACUUACCUUCAGUGUCAGCUGCUCCUCAUCAAGGCCUUGCAGGAGAAGCUGUGGAAUGUGGCAGCUCCUCUGUACCUGAAGCAGAACGCGUUAGCAUCUGCUGCAGCAAAACAGAUCUUGGAAGAAACUUAUAAAAUGGAGUUCAUGUACAGCGGCGUGGAAAGUAGACAAGUGGUCAUUAUUCACCACAUGAGACUGCAAGCGAAGGCGUUACAGCUUAUAGUGACUGCGCGUACCACCAGAGGAGUGGAACCCCUUUUUGGGAUGUGUGAAAAAUUCCUACAGGAGGUGGAUUCCUUUCAGAGAUGUUUCAUCUCUGAGCUCCCACAUAUGCAAGGCAGUUUUGUAGAUAAAUUGCUGGACUUAAUGCCUAGACUCGUGACGUCCAAGCCUUCGGAAGUGGUCAAGAUUCUUCAGACAACACUGCGACAAAGUACCUUCCUCCACCUUCCUCUUCCAGAGCAGCUCCAUAGAGCUACUGCAAAUAUUAUUGAGCCUACCGGCGAAUCUGAUAAUCCUCUGAGGUUUACAUCGGGGUUGGUAGUGGCACUGGAUGUUGAUGCAACUCUGGAGCACGUGCAGGAUCCCCAGGGAACCGUUAAAGUUCAGGUGUUGUAUCCAGAUGGACAAGCACAACUAAUCCAUCCUAAACCAGCUGACUUUCGAAAUCCCGGUCCGGGAAGGCACAGGCUGAUAACUCAGGUUUACCUCUCACACACAGCCUGGACAGAGCCGUGUCAGAUUGAAGUGCGGUUGCUGCUGGCCUACAAUUCCAACAGGAGCAAGGCAUCUGCUAAAAUUCCUAAAUCUACCUGGAGCGAGAGCUUGGAGGCUCUCCCGCAAUCUGAAAACAGCAUAGAGGGGACCAUACCCUUCAGCAAACCCGUCAAAGUUUAUAUAAUGCCCAAACCUGCCAGACGGUGAAGUCUGACGCCAAAAGAAAUACAUUUAUGGGAUUGUUGGGUUACCUGAAAACAACAUGCUGUGUUCCAAGGUAGUGAACCAAACCAAAACAGACUUACACCAGUCAACCAUAGAAAUAAAGCUGCCGAAGAACGAUUGGUCUCCUCUGUUAAGAAGCAGAUAGACCGAUGCAGGAGUUAUUCAGCUAGUUAAGGGUAGUUUCAAGAAAAUGCAGGUGUUUCUAUAUUGAAUCAACAAAAUCAAGACAGUUCUCAGCAUUCCAGUAGUAUUUCAUUGGGCUGUAUCUUCAGUUUUCACUUGCCAAAAGUUUCUCUCCAAGGCCUCUAGGUUUUCUGCUAUGUAUUUACUAUGUAAAUGCUUAGGCACAUAAAUCAAUGUUAUUUUUACUGUACUCUGAAAUGAAAGCUAAGGAGUUUGAGGUUUGUUGUUUUGUUAGGUUUUUUUUUUAAAUGUCUAAAACUUGUAUUUGUGCAUUGGUACCUAAAUUCUUAGUAAAGAAAAAAAUAAAAUCUAAAGUCCUGCUG